UUUGAUGCCGCCACUCUCUUCUCCACUGUUUGUCUCUGUACUGUGGCAGACUUGAGAGUGAAGAUGGCGGCCGGUUCAGAGCGCAGUCCGCCUCCUUUCCCCGAUUCAGAAGAACAGGAGCCUGAGUUAGACGAGGAUGAGGACAGCGAUGAAGGAGCGGACAUUUUUACCGGCGGUACACUCUCUGCAAUGGAUUCUCCUCCUCCUGGGACCACUGGUGAGCUUCCAAAAGAUAUUUUUAGUAAACCUGAAGAUUCACUCAAUGACCCACUGAAUGAGCUAAAUACUGAACCAGAAAAGGCAGUGAGUGGAGAUUCGAAAGCUGCUAAAGGCUCUCUACCUAAAGAAAAAAAGGCUGGUAAGGAGCCAGUCGAUGUGUUCAGUGAUCCUUUAGGUGAACCUGAAGCUAAAGCAGUACCUGAAAUAAAAACUGCACCUUUUCCGGACCCUAAAGUGGAGCCACCAAAAAGUGACGUCACCAAGAAAGCAGCGCCAUCUGAUGCCAAUACCACGGUCCUUGAUGCACCUCAAAAUGACUUUAAGAAGUCUCAGGACAUUUUUGACGAGCCUUUAAAAGCUGCCGCCCAAGAGCCACCCACUGAUAUCCCUAGCAAGCCUCUAGGUACCGUUACAGCCAGUAAGAAGAUCGUCAGUGCUGAACUGUUUGGCGACGACGAUGAAGAUGACCUGUUUGAGGAGCCUCUCCGAGCUUCAUCGAAGAAACCUCAGGCCCCACUCUUUGACGAGCAGAGUGACGACCUUUUUGCUGAGGCAAGAACUGAGGGAAAAGCUGCCAGUAAAGCGCUUACUGAGCAAUCUAACAUCACAGCUCCACCUGCAGCUGCAAAACCCAGCUCCAAAGCUAAUGGAUUGCACUCUGAAGAGGAUGAUCUGUUUGCAGAGGCCACAGUUGAGCUGUCGCUGGACAGUCCUCGUAAUGACCGCAAGAAGAGAGAGUCAACAAGGGCUUCGGCACCAGCUUCCUCUCUUCCUGCUUCAGCAAGCACCUCCAAACCUCAACCCAAAACCCUGGAGGAGCUGGAGGAAGAGGAAGAAAAGGAGGACAAAUUUGAUUUGAACAUUUCAGUCACAAACCCAGAAAAAGUUGGUGAUGGUAUGAAUGCCUACAUGGCCUACAGAGUCUCCACACAGACUACCCUGUCAAUGUUUCGCAGUAAGCAGUUUACAGUACGCAGACGGUUCAGUGAUUUUCUUGGGAUCUAUGAGAAACUCUCUGAGAAGCAUUCCCAGAAUGGAUAUAUUGUGCCUCCGCCACCAGAGAAGAGCAUUCUGGGAAUGACUAAAGUGAAGGUUGGAAAAGAAGACCCUUCAUCAGCUGAGUUUGUUGAGAGGAGAAGAGCUUCACUUGAAAGGUAUCUCCAGAGACUUGUGUCCCAUCCAUCACUGCUGCAAGAUCCAGACAUGAGAGAGUUUUUGGAGAAAGAAGAGUUACCCAGAGCGCUUAGUACCCAGGCACUGAGCGGAGCCGGGUUCCUCAAGAUGAUCAACAAGGCCACUGAUGCAGUCAGCAAAAUGACCAUCAAAAUGAAUGAAUCAGACAUUUGGUUUGAGGAGAAGCUGCAGGAGGUGGAAAGUGAAGACCAACAGCUCAGGAGACUGCAUGUCAUGGUGGACUCUCUUGUUAACCACAGAAAAGAAUUGUCCAUCAACACAGCAGUGUUCGCUAAGAGCGUGGCAAUGCUGGGUAGUUCAGAGGACAACACUGCACUUUCCAGAGCCUUGUCUCAACUGGCUGAAGUUGAGGACAGGAUUGAACAGCUUCAUCAGGACCAGGCUGCUAAUGACUUCUUCAUUUUUGCUGAGCUCCUUGCCGACUACAUCCGCCUGCUAGGUGCUGUCCGGGCUUGCUUUGACCAGAGGAUGAAGGCGUGGCAACGCUGGCAGGACGCUCAGAACAUGCUACAGAAAAAGCGAGAGACAGAGGCCAAGCUGUUGUGGGCCAACAAACCAGACAAACUGCAGCAGGCCAAGGAUGAGAUUGCUGAGUGGGAGGCAAAGGUCAGUCAGUACGAGAGAGACUUUGAUAGAGUAUCUGCCACUGUACGCAAGGAGGUCAUCAGGUUUGAGAAAGAGAAGACUCGGGAUUUCAAAAAACAAAUUGUUCGAUAUCUGGAGUCUCUGCUACAAUCACAACAUCAGCUGAUAAAGUACUGGGAGGCGUUUUUGCCAGAGGCAAAAGCAAUUGCAUGACCGUGCACAGACACACACAAACACACACAAAUAUACAGGCGCACACACACAAACAAAAAAUAUACAGGUCUGCUUAA